GUGACUUGCCUGCCUUGGUCUACCGCAGUCAAGGAAAUGAUCAAGUCAUAGGUACAGUAUGCGCUUCAACAGACAUUAAACAUGCCCAGCCGCUCAUCAUCACAUAUGCUAGCUCGCCCCGGAUCCUCUCUUAUCCCCCUCCAUAGAACUACCUCUGCGAAAGCCCACAGCUGGCAACCAUGAACACCAGACCAGCUAUCGAGAGCUCGAGCAGUCCCGUAGCCUUGUCGGCCUCCUUCAACCAAGACGCCAGUUGCUUCACCGUUGGGCUCGACACCGGCUUCUGCAUCUUUAAUUCAGAGCCAUGCCAGCUCCGCGUCGCAAGAGAUUUCAACGCCGGGCUAGGUGCCGUUGAGAUGCUGGGCAAAUCCAAUUUUAUCGCGCUCAUCGGAGGAGGAAAGAACCCUAAAUUUCCGCAAAAUAAAGUGGUUAUCUGGGACGAUGCGAAACAGAAAGUCGUCAUAACGCUUCCGGUCUUCACAACGGUUCGCAGUGUCCGGUUCUCGAGAUCCCAUAUUGUCGUUGCCCUUCAAAACAGCAUCCGCGUCUACCAUUUUAAAACAAAACCGGAUCUUUGGCACGCCUUUGAGACUGCCGAUAAUCCGUUGGGCUUAUGCUGUUUAACCGCAAAGACGCUGGCCUUCCCUGGAAGGACGCCUGGUCAAGUUCAGCUGGUUGAAUUGGCAACUGGCAAUGUCAGCAUCAUACCAGCCCAUGGGUCAGCUCUUAGAGCUAUUGAUAUAAGUCGAGAUGGCGAGGUUUUGGCCACUGCCAGUGAAACGGGUACCUUAGUUCGAGUUUUCGCAACAACUAAUUGUGCUCGGAUAGCUGAACUUCGACGAGGCGUGGAUCAUGCGACAAUCUUUUCUCUUGCGAUUGCCCCGGGGGGGCAACUACUAGCCGUUACAUCUGACAAGUCAACCCUCCAUGUCUUCGAUAUCCCACAUCCUACGAAACCGCCGAGGUCUGAAACACCGAAUGGAAAUCGGCGAUUGACAUCCAUGGGCAGUAGUGGAGGAGGCAGUCCUGUUCUCGGUGAUGUAGAUACGAGUCAAAAAUGGGGAAUCCUUGGGCGGAUACCCUUACUGCCAAGGGUAUUUUCCGAUGUUUACUCAUUCGCUUCGGCACAUUUUGAGAUUGGCGACGAACCCAUUCAUGGAGGCUCAACGCCUUUGAAUUCACCCGACGCAUUAGGCUCUAGGCCGCCAAAGGGCAUCAUUGGAUGGACGAGUGAUCACAGCCUCGUAGUCAUUGGAGCCGGGAGGGAUGGGAGAUGGGAGAAGUUUGUCAUUGCAGAUGGAGAAGAUGGCAAGCGGUAUUGCGUCCGCGAUGGGUGGAAAAGGUAUCUUGGGGUCAACUGA